GGAAUACUAGUUUGUCCGCGAGUAUGUGAGCCGCUCAGUAACCAAUGAUAAUGCAGCAGGGGCGGAGCUUCAGCCAGGAUUCCAGCACACAGGAGCGGGCUGGAACAGACGCGCGAGACGAGACGUUUAUUUACCGAUAAGCUGAAUUAACGUCGUCAUUCCGGAUGUCCCGCUGAUCAGCGCGCGGGCAGGAAGGGGUUAACCGCGACUCAGAGCGCGUGCGCAGACUCCGGGUCUGUGGGGUUGAGCCGGGAAACUUGAGCGCGCGCUCUGCGUGAUCUCCGGAAGCGGCGGCUCAGUGCGCAGCUGCUACGCACCGAAAGCGGCGGAUCUGCGUCCUGUGAAUGGGCCGGAGCGCGCAGAGCCCAAUGGCCGCCUCGCUGUCGCGCUGACGCUGGAAUCAGCACCGCAGGGAUGUCAGUGGACAUUGCUGGUCCUGUGUCUCCCAGUCUGUCCUUCAUCGAGGUGAAAGAAGAGACGCGUUUGGUGUUGAAGAGUUUUCUCCGUCAUGCUCUCUCCAUCCCUCCUGCAGAUCGACCGGGGAGAAUCGGGGGUGCAUAUCAUGACCCCAACAAGUACAGUAUGUUGCAUAAAGCGACACAGGGGAAAGAUGAAAGCGGAUGGGACUCUCUGGAUGAGAAGAUCAGUGCUGCAGAGGAGAAGAAACACGGCAUCAAAAACCUGAUAAAGAGGCGUCUGAAGCCACGCCCCUCCCUUGCAAGACACGCCCAGAAGGACCUCAGUGCUGACCAAUCACAGAACGGCUCUGUGACCAGUCAGGGAGAACCGCCGGCUCUGCUGAGCAGACCGGAAGCUUCAGGUUCACAGGGCUUGGCAGAGGAUGAGAAAUCCUCUGCGUCAGACGAGGAGGGCGAACGGAAAACGGGUGACCGAAAGAAAAAGAAGAGCAAACGAAAGUUGGUGGGGUUUUUAAAGAAAAUAGGCGGAAAGAAAGAUGACGUGCAUCCUCAGCGGCCGACAUCACUUCCUGUGAAAGAGCAGGUGGCGUCAGCAACACCCCCGCUGUCACCCAUACAUCCUCCUGAGUUCUACGAUGGCGUGGCCAAGACGUUGAACCGAAUCGCUCAGCAAUCCGUGAGAAGAAAAUCACAGACGAAACCUGAGCCCAUCCAACUGAAAGACAAUAAAGAAGCCAUGAUACAGCAACUUGUCCACUUACUGACGGCGGAGGGAGACGCCAUGAAUGAGAAGAUUAAUGCUAAUCCUCUGCUGCGUAAAUCGCUGAACCGGAUGUCCUACACGUCCUUCGCCAAGCUGCUUGACUCCUGUGCCAACGAAGCUGUAGACCCGCCCCUUCCUGUGGCCGAGAGCCCCACCCUGCGGCGUGUGGCCAUCACCAUGGAGAUGACCCGGAGGGUUGUCACGGCGACGGGGGCGACACACCGAAUGGAGGGAUUCGCUGAGCGCUACAUGGAGAACUUCACUCCCUGGGUGAAGAGUCAGGGAGGAUGGGAAAGCAUUGUGAAGAUGGGGGAGCAGGAGUUCGAUUAACUCUACACUGACAGUGUGUGUGUGUGUGUGUGUGUGUGUGUGUGUGUGUGUGUGUGUGUGAACACAGCUGGAAAUCAACCCUGCUCUUGUGUAUAUACAGAACUAUUUUGUUGUUUUAAUGUGAUGAUUUUUUUAAAGGGCUGGGAUUUUUUUU